AUGCUGCGACGCCGUUGGACAGUUGCCUUUGCCCACGUGUGGGGUGGUGGUGAGUUGCCCAACUGGGCAGAGCAGGAGAAUGGCAAGAAUAAGAUCAACGCGGUUCAUGACUUUAUCGCCUGCUGUGAACAUAUGAUUAACAUGGGUUACACCAAGCCCGAGCUGAUGGUGGCGGCAGGGAAUAGCGCGGGUUGCGUGCCCAUCGCGGCUGCAAUGAAUAUACGCGGUUGUGGACUGUUUGGUAAUGCUCUGCUUCGUUCGCCGUUUUUAGACGUCAUCAACACAAUGCUCCACCCUGAUAUCCCGCUCUCGCUGGCGGAACGCGAUGACUGGGGAGGCCCGCUGCAUAGUGCUGAGGAUUACGCUCGGCUGACGCAGUAUGAUUCAUACCUUAACAUCAACGAUCGUCUUACGUACCCGGGCAUGAUAAUCUCCACCUGCCUCGACGACGACUGUGUGCCAGCGUGGAAUACACUGAAGUACGUUUCCAAACUGCGGCACCAGCGGCGACGUAAGGGGGUAGACCCUGUUGCCCGUCCUCUCGUGUUGCGCGCGUGGAGCAGUUGUGGACACUACGUUUGGGGGGAUAUGCAGAAUGUCUGCAAGGAGCUCUCCUUCCUCUGCUCUCAGAUGGACUUGGAGGGGCCUGGGAAGGUGCUGAACGACAUGGAUAUCAUGAUGCACAUGCAUAAUCUCACCGCCACUGGGGCGAUGGACCAUGACGACCAGAAGAAGGUCUUUCUCAAGUGGGACAGCUGGGAGCGGGAGCGCAUAAAUUACCACAUGAAACUCAACAACUUUGACUGGGAGUCCAACCUUUUCAAGCUGAAGGCCGAAAAGGAGCCGUUCUUUUGGGUGCCAACCGAGCAGGAGAUGCAGCAACGCAAGGUAGGCGAGAUGUUUCGCGCGAAGGAGCGGGAUGCACGUGAGGAGGCGAAAAGUGGUGCCAAGACAGGUAGCACAGGACGGGACGCAGGUGAGAAUAAGUGGGCGGAAGAAUCCAGGAGUAAACAAGUGCCACAUACGUGA